AACUGAAGCUGGGCGCUUUGUAGCAAUCAUUCCCAAGCUACGGAUAGCUUGUCUGUUACGAAAUAAUUGAUUCAACGACCACGAUGACAUUAAACAACACCGUGACAAUGGCUGGCCCGCCGUCAAAACCGAACCCAACGCAGCCGGCCAAGGGAAAGGAUUCGCAUGCUUUGCUGCAGCCAGUCCUCAUCCAUACAACACCAGUGGCACAAGCAGGACGAUACCUGCAUCUGCUUGUGCUCCUGGGCCUAUUUGCCAGCCAGUUCAGCUCUCUAGUCGAGGACCCCGUUCGCACUCUCCAGAACACACUACCACUAGUUGCCGUCAUUCAGGUCACCUACGCCUCGGCCUGUCUUCCCGUAGCUGGCUCUCAGGCCACCAGAGCCGCGAGGAAACUGAGGCCGGGCGAGAAGAGGAAGCAGGAGCACAUGGGGCCGAACCCAUACGUUGCUCUCUUCCUCUCUCUCGUUCUGACCACACUGGUGACGCCCGCUGUCCACCUGGCGUUUGUCCUAUUCGGUGCGCCGUUUCUCACACACAUUCCGCAGAACCUCCUCCUCUCUGCUCAUCUGUCUCUUCUCGCGCUAUUUCCACUUUUCUACGCCCACGGCGUCGACUCUGGAGCAUGGCGCGCCAUCGGCGGCGCGAUGGCCCCCUUCGACGAGACGUUCGGCGGCUGCGCUGGUGCCCUGUUGGGCGCUUGGCUUGGUGCCAUACCGAUACCGUUGGAUUGGGAUCGAGAGUGGCAGAAGUGGCCUAUCACGAUCGUAUGCGGUCUGUAUGCCGGCUACGCGUUGGGUAAGGUUCUAGGAGGUUCGGUUCUCUUGGGCAAGAGGAUGGUUACCAACGCGGUUAAGGAAGAUUAGGAACCCCGUUUAUGGAGAGGUCCUUCGAAUUCAAAGCAAUAAGAUCAUGAUGCGUUUAGGUGUUGUUCCAAAGUCCGUGGUACCUUUAAUACCGAUGCGGUUGCGCUCGUUUGACGUCCGAAGUCUUAUUUACUUCACAGCGGCCCAAAGAGAUCACUGCUCCUAAAGUCUGUACUACACGUGUAGAUACACAGGGUCGCCUGUUACUUAGGUCUUGGUACGGUGGCAUUCUUCAAAUAUGCCGUCCCGAUGCUCCCG